CAUCGAGGAUCCUUUCCCCAUUUCCCUGUCCAAGAUAGCAAUCUAAGUUCCCUCCUUACCUUUCUUUCACGUAUAUCACCACCGCUGCCUCUCAUGUCUAACAUCGAUACCUUGCCGGAGGACUGCGUCUCUUCCAUUCUCUCCUUCACUUCGCCGGCCGACGCCUCCAGAUUUUGCUUGGUCUCCUCCUCCCUCCGGUCCCCUGCUCUCUCCGAUCUCCUCUGGCUCUCCUUCUUGCCCGACGACUACAACCACAUCGUCUCCAGGGCACUCGCCCCUCUCCUCUUCUCUUCCAAAAGAGACCUCUUUCACGCUCUCUCACAUCCGAUUCUCAUUGAUGGUGGCUCCAAGUGCUUCCAGUUAGACAAGUCUUCUGCUAAGAAAUCUUACAUCCUUUCUGCCACGGAGUUAUCUCUCACACGGGGCAACGACCCCAUGGCAUGGAGCUGGAUACUGAUGCCUGAAUCAAGGUUCUCGGUGGUGGCUCGUCUCAGAACAUUGAGCUCGUUGGAAAUUAAAUGCAAAAUCAGAACAGGGAUUCUGACACCCAACACUUGGUACGGAGCUUAUCUGAUAGUGAAGGUGUUUCAAGGAGCGUACGGGUUGGACAGUGCAGCUUCGGAAGUGUUCGUUGAAGUGGGAGGCGUGGUGAAGAAGGGGGAGGCAUAUCUGUGCGAGAAGGACGAGAGGAAGCAGAAGACGGAGGCUCUGUUUUAUGGGAACCGGAGAGAGAUGUUGGAGCGGUCGUCGGCGGUGACGAAGGAAGAUCGAAAAUACCCGUCGAGAAGACCAGAUGGGUGGACGGAGAUUGAGUUAGGGGAGUUCUACAGCGGGGAAGAAGACCAAGAGGUGAAGAUGAGCCUCAGGGAAGUGGGAUAUCAACUGAAAGCAGGGCUUGUCGUGGAAGGCAUUCAGCUCAGACCAAAGCAUGCUUGACCAAGACAAUGUCCACGAGACCAAACGACAGAUAGAAUAAGCCAAACGGUGUAUCCUGUAUAGUAUUUGUAUGGGUUUUACUUUCAUCCUAUUUUGAAUUUUCUUGUCCUGGGUCGAGCGAUAACAUAUGGAAGAAUGACCCAUACAUUUCAAAAAGAUUAAUUAAUUUAAAAUUUUUAUUCUAUUAUA